CUCACUCAACUCCAUCACAUCCACUUCUCUCCUGCGGACUCAGGAUUUCUUUUGUAAAGGAGCACUGCGGUUUAUUCACACGUCUUGCAGAAUAACCAGCAUCGGUUACGGCUCAAAGCUCUCGGGCACAGUUUGUGAGUUUUAAGUUGAAUCUCGUUUCAUUCAAUGGGUCCGUCUGUACUGCUGCUGUGCACUCUGUUCGGAGUUCUCCAUGGCCAAGGAACCAAUCAGAUUUCAAUGGAGGACUGCUGUAAAGAUGGUCAGAAGCGUGGUAAUGAUAAUGAAGAUUGUGCAUCCCUCCCUCUUAUCUCUGAGUCAACCACAUGCAGGAUCGUACAGGAGCAGUGCUGUGUAACAGUGCUUGAGGAUAAAAUGUGCACCACUGGUAUCAACAUGGCCAAAGAUCAAGGAGCCUGCGAUUCUUUGUUCACCAGCACCUGCGAGACCAAGACUACAAAGAUGUGCUGUGACUGCUGUCUUCUGGGUAAGACAGCCCAGGAGCAGGGCCUACCCUGUGACCACAACCUGUCCGUGGGAUACCAGUGUGGCCUGGUGUCCCGGGCCUGCUGCGUGGAUGGAGCCCCAGACAACCAAACCACACAUUUAGGACAAAUUGAACUGGUGAACAAGGAUGAAUCCACUGAAAAUGGAGAAAAUUCAGUAUUAAGUGAUCUCUGCAAAGGGAAAUGUGCUCAUCUGUGUGUGGGCAAUGACACUUGUGCCUGCCUCAAAGGCUACAAACUCAAACCAGAUGGAAAGAGCUGUGAGGAUAUCAACGAGUGUUUGCUGGGUGCCAGCAACUGUCGGGGAGGAGAGCGUUGUAUCAACACAGUGGGCUCAUUCCGUUGUCAGAGAGAGGUCAGCUGUGGGACUGGCUAUGAACUCACUGACAACAACAAUUGCAAAGAUAUUGAUGAGUGUGAGACCGGUAUCCACAACUGUGGCACAGAGUUUGAGUGUCAAAACACACAGGGGUCGUUCCGUUGUGUCCCUAAGGUCAAGUGUGGUGCCGGCUUUAUCCAGGAUGCCCUCGGCAGCUGCAUUGAUAUCAAUGAAUGUGUUACGCAGACAAGCCCAUGCCACCGAGGGCAGCUCUGUAUCAACACAGUUGGCUCCUACACCUGCCAGAGGAACUCUGUUAACUGUGGUCGAGGAUACCACCUCAAUGAAGAUGGCACACGCUGUGUUGAUAUUGAUGAGUGUAAGGGCCCUGAAGUCGUCUGUGCAGGUCAUGGUUGUAUCAACAUGCUGGGCUCUUACCGCUGUGAGUGUGAGACUGGCUACAACUUCAACAGCUUCAGUCGAGUUUGUGAGGAUAUUAAUGAAUGCAGGCACUACCCUGGUCGCCUGUGUGCCCAUAAGUGUGAGAACUCUUUGGGAUCCUACAAGUGUAGCUGCACCACUGGCUUCAAGCUAGCCGGUGAUGGCAGGAAUUGUGACGAUUUAAAUGAGUGUGACAGCAACCCAUGCAGUCAAGAGUGUGCCAACGUGUAUGGUUCCUACCAGUGUUACUGUCGCCGUGGCUACCAGCUCAAUGACAUAGAUGGCAUGACUUGUGAAGAUAUAGAUGAGUGUGCCCUGCCCACUGGAGGUCAUAUUUGCUCCUAUCGCUGUCACAACACCCCUGGCAGCUUCUACUGUUCCUGUCCCGUCAGUGGCUACACCUUGGCACCCAAUGGGCGCAGCUGUCAAGAUAUUGAUGAAUGCGUGACGGGAACACACACAUGCACAGAGAAUCAGAGCUGCUUUAAUGUACAGGGAGGAUUCAGAUGCCUGUCCUUUGAGUGUCCAAACAACUACCGGCGCGUUGGAGAGACUCGAUGUGAACGCUUGCUUUGCAAUGAGUCUGUCGAGUGCCUGGCCAUGCCCCUGAGAAUAACCUUCUACUACCUCACCUUCCCCACCAACAUCCCCAUCUUCACCAACAUCUUCCGCAUGGGCCCCACCCACACCGUGGUCGGAGAUGACAUCCAGAUUGCUAUCACCACUGGCAACGAGGGUGGUUUCUUCCAGACGGAGCGUGUGCCCACCGGCGGGGUGAUGUCAGUGGCAAAGCUCAUCAACAAGCCACAGGACUUUGAGCUGUCUCUGGAGCUGAGGCUGCGUCGCUAUGGCACGCUCAGCAUAUACAUGGCUAAAGUUUUGGUGUUUGUUACCCAGGAGGAGCCCAGAGUACCUUACAAUCCCCUACUAGAAUAAACACAAGAGUUAUGUAGGGUUACACAAGUUACUACACAAUGAAAGGAUGUUUCAUUUUAAAUGCAUUGUCUCAUUGAGAAGACAGAAAAAGUUGAUCCUCACAACGCAAAAUGCAUGCAAGAUGCGCAUAUAGUAUGUUCAUAGCAAAGCAUGGUGAAGACUACUAUAUGUUGUAAAUUAUAAAUGAUUGCAGAUCAUACUACAUAGAUUAGGUACAUAUAAAUGGAAUAAAUUGAAUAUUAUAAAAACAAAAUUUUUCUCUAUAAACAAAAAUCAUUAAUGUUUCUUUCAUUCAUGGAAUGAUGCGAUUCGAAAUGUCGGUAAACUGUAUUGGCUAAUGGGCUGAUUAUCCAGGUUGGGCGCCAACCAUUGUGGGACCCCUGUUCAUUAUUCUGUCUUCUUUAAAGAAACAAAUUUAUUUCAUAAUAUGGAUUUUAAAAAAGCCCAUUUCAGUUGAUAUCUUUAUUGAGUGCUGUGUAUUCUUAAAGUAAAACUUUGAUAUUUUGGGAAAUAGAUGAGGAGCUUCACACCACUCUAGUACCUAUAUAUAAGUAGAAGUAUGAAGCUACCCCCAGCAGCUGAUUAACUUAGCUUUGCAUAAAGACUGGAAACAGAGGGAAACAGCAAGCCUGGCUCUGUCCAAAGAUAACAAGAUCAGUCAACAUAGCACCUCUAUAUUUCUCUGAUUAACAUUUUGUAUCUUGUUUGUUUUAUCUGUACAAAAAAAGUGUUAAAACAGCAAGCUUGGGGGUUAUGUUCCGCACUAUUCAUUGGCCAGGUAUAGUGAUGACAAGACCCCAGGAGGUGUCUUUGGGAUGAUAUCAAUCCACUCAUCUAAAUCUCAGCAAGAAAUUUUAAACUAUCCCUUUAAAAUGUUUUUCAAUUGAUCCAACUCUGACAAACAGUGAGUCUGGGGCUUUGAGGGUCACUGGUGGUCCAGGACCAUGGUGCAGCUGCCCUCUUUAUCCUAUCGAUUAUCCAGCCACGUCUCUACUACAUCACUUUCUUUUGUGAUAAAUUAACACAAAAUGACUUUGUGUGACACUAAAUGCCCGUUUAAGAUGACACAUGCUUUUUUAAGAGUAGAUAUAAAAAAAUACAAAAUCAGAAGAAAGUACCACAGUUCUAGUAGCACUUUGAAUAAUCAAAUUUUUAAUACUAGAAUUAAGGAUCAUUAUUCAGCUUUAUAAAUUAGGUCCAGUUAAAUGUAUCUUCUUGGAGGUAAGGCAUUGUGAUAGCCGCUAGGUGGCGUUCUAGGUCAGUGUAAAUCAUAAAAUAGUAGCAUAGCAAGUCUGCCUACAACUGAGUGUAAUUUGAUAAUGGUUGCAUGAUAAAGUCUGACAUUUUACAGUAUUUUAUGGUUUAUGUGUUGGAUGAACAGUUUUCUAUUAAAAUUGAAAUAGAAAUAACA